AUGGACGCCUCCGAUUCCGGCGGAGGCGGCGCGGCGGCGGCGGCUGCGGACGUGGGCGGGCCUCUGUGGGACUGGGACAACCUCCUCAACUUCGCCAUCGAGAACGACGACUCCCUGGUCCUCCCGUGGGAUACCCCCCUCGCGCCCGAGGCCGAUCCCGCCGUGACGGCGCCGUUCCCUACCCCGGCUCCGCUGCAUCCAGCGGACGCGGAGCCGGCGCAACACCCCCCUCCGCCGCCACAACCACCUGCUGUGGGUGGCGGAAGCAGGCGCGGCGUGAGGAAGCGGGACCCGCGGCUGGUGUGCCCGAACUACCUGGCGGGGAUCGUGCCGUGCGCGUGCCCCGAGCUGGACGAGAUGGCGGCCGCCGCGGAGGUCGAGGAGGUCGCCGCCGAGAUGCUGGCCGGCCCGCGGAAGAGGUCCAGGGCCGCUGCCCCCAGCCGCGGCACCGGGGCGGCAGCCAGAAGUGGCGCUGGUACUGGAGCGGCUGGCCGUGGGGGAGCGGCAGAUAUGAGGUGCCAAGUGCCUGGCUGCGAGGCGGACAUACGGGAGCUGAAAGGGUACCACAAGCGGCACCGGGUGUGUCUGGGAUGCGCGCACGCUUCCGCUGUCAUGCUCGACAGCGUCCAGAAGCGGUACUGCCAGCAGUGCGGCAAGUUCCAUGUGUUAUUAGAUUUUGAUGAUGACAAACGGAGUUGUAGAAGAAAGCUGGAGCGCCACAACAAAAGAAGACGAAGAAAACCCGAUUCAAAAGACACAUUGGAGAAAGAAACCGAUGAACAAUUGGAUUUGUCAGCGGAUGGCAGUGGUGGUGGUGAACUAAGAGAAGAGGAUAUAGAUGGUGCUACCUGCAACAUACUCGAGACUAUUCUCAGCAACAACGUAAUAGACAGAGAAACACCGGUGGGAUCUGAAGAUAUGCUUAGUUCUCCAACCUGUACACAAUCCAGCUUGCAAAAUGACCAAAGUAAAAGCAUAGUGACUUUUGCAGCGUCUGUUGAAGCCUGCAUUGGUACAAAACAUGAAAAUGCCAAACUUAACAAUUCUCCAGUGCAUGACACCAAGAGUACUUAUUCAUCCUCAUGCCCCACAGGACGUAUUUCGUUCAAGUUGUACGACUGGAAUCCUGCAGAAUUUCCUCGGCGUCUACGGAACCAAAUAUUUGAGUGGUUAUCUAGCAUGCCUGUUGAGCUGGAGGGCUACAUUCGUCCUGGUUGUACAAUACUAACUGUAUUUAUUGCGAUGCCACAGCAUAUGUGGGACAAGUUAUCAGAAGAUGCAGCAAAUCUUGUCAGAGACUUGGUAAAUGCUCCAAGCAGUCUUCUUUUGGGUAAAGGGGCCUUCUUUGUUCAUGUCAAUAACACAAUAUUUCAAGUGUUGAAAGAUGGAGCCACGUUGAUGAGUACCAGAUUAGAGGUACAAGCCCCCAGGAUCCAUUAUGUUCAUCCAGCGUGGUUUGAAGCAGGAAAACCAAUUGAACUCCUUGUUUGUGGAAGUUCUCUUGAUCAGCCUAAAUUCAGAUCACUUCUGUCGUUUGAUGGAGAGUACUUGAAGCAUGAUUGUUGCCGUUUAACAUCUCGUGAGACCUUAGCUUGCGUGAAAAGUGGUGAUCCUACACUUGAUCCUCAACACGAAUUUUUCCAGAUAAACAUCACUCAAACAAAGCCAGAUAACCAUGGACCUGGUUUUGUGGAAGUGGAAAACGUGUUUGGGCUAUCAAAUUUUGUCCCUAUCCUUUUCGGUAGUAAACAGUUAUGUUUUGAACUAGAGAGGAUACAAGAUGCUCUUUGUGGUUUUUCUCACAAGCACAAGGUUGCUACUUCUGACCCUGAACAUCGGGAACUUCAACAAACUGCAAUGUCGGGAUUUCUGAUAGAGAUUGGGUGGCUAAUAAGGAAGCCUUCUCCAGACGAAUUUAAAAAUUUGCUGAGUAAAACAAAUAUCAAGAGAUGGAUAUGUGUGUUGAAGUUCUUGAUACAGAACAAUUUUAUCAAUGUUCUGGAAAUAGUUGUACAGUCAUCAGAGAACAUCAUAGGCUCGGAGAUUCUUUCGAACCUGGAAAGGGGAAAGUUGGAACGUCACGUCACAACAUUUCUUGGAUAUUUAAGACAUGCCCGAAACAUUCUCAAUCACAGAGCUCAACAGAACAAGGAAACACAGCUUGAAACAGCGUUGCGUGGUGACAUUACUUCAAACCAGCCAAACUGGGGCACCUCUGUGCCACUUGGUAAAGAAAAUGUUGGUGCCAGCAGUGAGUUUAGUUUGCACUCUCCGACAAAUGUUGAGUGUGAAGAGGAAGAAAGUGUGCCACUUGUGACUAAUAAGGCUGUGUCACCUAGGCAAUGCUGCCGCCCUGAGAUGAAUAUUCGAUGGCUCAAUCCUGCUUCGGUUGCUUCUAUGCCAGGUGGUGCCAUGAGAAUGCGACUUGUCACGACUAUGGUAGUCGCUGCUGUAUUGUGCUUCACGGCCUGUGUUGCAGUCUUCCACCCAGAUAGAGUAGGGGUUCUUGCAGCUCCAGUAAAGAGGUACUUGUUUAGCGACUGCCCACCAUAGUUGAUGUUAGGUUAGACUAAUUUUUCUUGCUCUUGCUUUCGCCUGUACCAUAUGAACACCAUUCCAUCGAGGCAUAGCUUGUUUGUAUCUGUGAUCAAAUGCCUUUUCCACCAUUGGGAAUGCAGACCUGCAUCUUUUUGUUAGGAACUCUGACAUAGAUGCCUGGAGUUCUCAACCACCAGGUGUAUGAAAAGGUUUGAAGGGCUGAGUGAAUAAAAAGAUCGGGUUUCACAUUUUC